UGUGGCAGCGACUAAUAGCUGAAUACCUCCUUUCCAUACAUAUAGCCAUAAAGGGAGGAGCAUUUUAUUCUUCUCUGUAUCCCCCCCUGUCGCUCUUCUCUUCUCUUUUGCAACUCCUCUCCAUUCUCUCAUCAUAUCAAGCAAGAGGAGGAACAAACAAGAUGUUUUUUCAGAGGAAGAAUUCAAAGAAAGUGAAGGAAGCCGAUGGAUCAUCACCGAAGAAGGAGAAAAGUAGCCGUGGGAAGAACGACUUCUUCGAUCGCACCAAGGGAGGACUUGGUGCCCUUGCAGGAAGCCUAAAGUCAGCAAAGAAUGACGUGGAAGAGAGGUUGGAAAAGGCUCAAGAUGAUGCGAAGACAGGCAUUGAAACAAUCUUACAGAGGGGCUCAGUCGUUCUUGAAAAAACGGAAGAGGAUAUUAGAGGUCAUUCCGAAGUCAGCCGUUCAAAUGAACUAGUUUCUGAAGGUCAAGGAAGUGAAGAACAAGGAAAGGAGGACAUGGAAGCUUUCAAUUCGAUGAUUGACAAGGUGAAAACUAACCCAGAUGUGAUGGAAAAGGUCCACUCGGUCCUUGACAAGGUGAAGAACCACCCAGAAGUGAUGGAAAAAGUUGCUGAUGUUCUACAUCUGGGCAAACAUGAAUCCAAAGAGAAAGAACCCGAAGCUGAAGCUGAGAAAAAGGCCGAAGAAGGCGAGACCUCUGUCGACAAAACCGAAGACUCAAACAUCCUAGAGCAGGCCGUGGAAGAAAUUCAGGCUGUUAUCGCAGCUGCGCAUCCACAUGAAACAGCCAGAGAUGAAACUGAAGUUCCUGUCGAGACUGCUGCUGAAACUGAAACUGAAACUACAGCAGAAGGAGAGAAGCCUGAGGAAGCAAAACGGGAAGUGGAGAAAGACAACCCGAAGAACCGAAUUGAUUUCGUCGGGUUCUUCGCCAUGCUCUUUGAGAGGUUCUGCUCCCCAGCUGAUAAGAAGAAAGACUAGGUGUGGCAGGUCAGCCAUCCUGCGUUCUUUAAAACUGAAAUGGUCUGGACGGGGGCUGUGGAUGGUGUACAGUUUGCAAGUUAUUUGUUCACUUCAAAGUUAUUUGAUUUUGAGUUUGUCCUCAAUGGUGAUGGAUGCAAAGAAGUGUUCUACUUUGUGUAAUUCUUGGCACACGUUGAUUGAUCCUAUUUAUGUGAAUCAAAGGAAUGAUUAAAUUUA